AUGGGUACAGUGGAACGCGCUGGUGAUGAUCACACUUCCGAGGUGGAGUCUGGAGAGGAGGAGGAAAUUGUAGGGGGUGGCGAGCUGGCUCAGCACCUCAUGAAAAGCGGCAUUACCCGCAACGAGAUGUUAGCGGCUAUCACCAACCGCAUCCACGUCGAGGCUAUGGCGUCUCUGCCACCAAACGUGCGCAGGCGCAUCCGUGCUCUGCGCACUCUGCAGAAAGAGUUCGUCGACAUCGAGGCUAAGUUCUACAGCGAAGUUCAUGCGCUUGAGUGCAAAUACGAGAAAUUGUACAAGCCUCUGUUUGAAAAGCGUGCUUCGGUUGUGAACGGCGGCUACGAGCCUACUGAUGAGGAGUGCCUGAACCCUUGGCGCGAUGAGAAUGAGGAGGAGGAACUCGCGCGCGCAGUGCAGAGUGCUGCCAUCACCGACGGUUCUGAGGAGAAGAAACCUGAAGAGAAACCUGCCGAGCCACCAAUGGAUCCUAAUGUUAAGGGCAUCCCAGACUUCUGGUACACCAUAUUUAAGAAUGUUUCUAUGCUGUGUGAGAUGAUGCAGGAGCAUGACGAACCCAUUCUCAAAUGUUUGCAGGAUAUUAAAGUGCAAAUGCACGAGGAUCCUAUCGGUUUCACGCUGGAAUUCCACUUCGCGCCCAAUGAUUACUUCACAAACACCAUCUUGACGAAGGAAUAUUCAAUGAAGUGCAAGCCUGAUGAUGAGAACCCCCUGGAGUUCGAAGGUCCCGAGAUCUACUCAUGCAAGGGUUGUGAGAUCAACUGGAAGAAGGGCAAGAAUGUAACAGUGAAGACGAUAAAGAAGAAGCAGAAGCACAAGUCCCGUGGUUCAGUGCGUACCGUCACCAAGUCGGUGCAGGCUGAUUCAUUCUUCAACUUCUUCUCGCCACCCACCAUGCCUGAUGACCCCAACUCCACUCUCGCCUCUGAUAUUCAGGCGCUGCUCACAGCCGACUUUGAGAUCGGUCACUACAUUCGCGAGCGUGUCGUGUCCCGCGCCGUCCUGCUCUACACCGGCGAGGGUCUUGACGACGACGACGAUGAUGAUUAUGAGGAAGAGGAGGAGGAGGAAUGCUCCACGGAAGAGAGUGAAGACGAGGAGCCAGCGCCGCGGAGACGAGGCAAGAAGCCCAUCAAGGGCGCGCAGGACAACCCCGCCGAGUGCAAGCAACAAUAG